CAUUAUGAUGUUAAAAUGCCUUGUCAUCUUAUUCUUUCUAAGCUUGCAGAUAAAUGUCCAUCUGCUGUAUUAGCAGUGUUGGACUCAUUGGUGGAACCUCCCCAAAAGACUGUCAAUUUUAAGCCAAAGCAAGAUGCUGUCAAGCAAGAAGUAGAUCAUAAUGAAGACAUGAUUCGCAGUGCCCUUCGAGCAAUUGCAUCCUUGAAUCGAAUAAGUGGAGGAGAUUGCAACCUUAAAUUCAAGAGCCUUAUGAGUGAAAUCUCAAAAUCUCCAAUGCUAUGGGACAAAUAUUACUCCAUCCGGAAUGAGUGAGGCACGCUUGCCCAUGCUAUCAAGUC